UGUCUGGGACAUUUCAGAGGAAGGAACUUUAAUCAUUUCAGUGGGCCUUUGGGGAAAUCUCAGCCACUUCUAACUGGAUAAUCAUCUCUCUUUAUACGUCCUUGGACACCUCUUCUGUUGGAUUAAUUCAUCAGGCCUUGUGGACAGGAGCACAGCCGCUGCUUCACCUGGGCGGCCCUUGAAGAACCAGAGCCCAAUCACACAAAGAUCAAAGAGAGCAAAAGAGGGUCCCCCCGCCGUCACCGCAUGUCAGCCCCAUUCUCCAACCGCAGACGGCACAACAAACUUCCCCCCAGAGAUGUCUUCAAUGACAUGAUGUUUAUGGUGGGUGGCUGGACCCAGAAAGACCCAUCUUGUUUGGUAGAGCAGUUCUGUCCUGAGUACAAUGAGUGGAGGAAAGCAGCACACAUGAUCAACAGUCGUGGCAACGUGGCUGUGGGUACACUGGAUGGCAAGAUCUACACGGUGGGCGGGGAAGAUAACGUGCGAUGUUACAGCAGCGUGGAGAGGUACAACCCAGACACAGAUAGCUGGAGUGCAGAUGUAGCACCCUUGAGCAGCCCCCGCAGCGGAGUGUGUCUGGUGGAGAUGGACGGAUACCUGUUUGCUAUUGGAGGACACGACGGCACUGCUGCCUUAAAUACUGUGGAGAGGUAUGAUCCAGAUAUGAACACAUGGAGCAAGCAGGCAGCCAUGCUGACCAGACGCACCAAAGCUGUGGCUGCUGUGCUGCAUGGUCAGUUAUAUGUGAUCGGGGGGAAUGAUGGAAAUAUGGCCCUCUCUUCAGUGGAGCGAUACAACCCUGUAGACGGUACCUGGUCGGCAUGCGCCCAGAUGCGGUGUCCAAGGGAGAACGCCGGCUGCACUGUGUACCUGGGAUACAUCUACGUGGCCGGUGGCAAAGACGAGCUCAACCUGGAGCUCUCUGUUGCUGAGAGGUUUGAUCCCGACACCAUGAGGUGGACUCCUGUCAAAUGCAUGAGAAGCAAGAGGGACAAUAUGUCCCUUGUGGUCUUCAAUGAUGCAUUACUGGCUAUCGGAGGCUUCGAUGGUGUCACCAAUCUGAAAACAAUAGAAAUUUACAGUCAUGAAACCAACACAUGGAGACACUUUGGAAGUAUGAAGAGCAAGCAUCCGGGAGGGCGAGUGGCUGUGCUGCGACUCAACAAUGCUCAUAUUAUAUGAACAGGACAGAAGUGUUAGAGAAAUAGCCUAAUGGAUGUACGCCAGGCUCCAGGACACAAUGUGAUAUGGUUCACGUAAGGCAGCGUAAUGACUGAAUAAUUGAAGAGUGCACUCAAAAAAUGAGACAUCGCGGCAUUAGUCAAAGCUGGCAACCGCAGUUACAAAAUGACUGCAAGCAUUAAAUUAAAGCCCAUUAUAGGCUACCAGGUUACCAUUAAAGUUAUGCCUAUUUUUAUGUCUCUAGCUUAAAAAAACAGACCUCUUUUAUAAAGAUGGAUCAGUACUGUAAUUUUCAGGUUGCUUUUUUCCCCCAUUAAAAGAUAUGUUGAAUUUUAGAUUGACAGCCUUCAAAUGCAGAUUGAAUGUGUAACUAACAUAACAUAAGAUAAAAAAUCAUCACAAUGUGAAACAAGACAAAGUGACAAAGUGUUUUUGGAAAUCGUGAAUGAGAGUCUAAUGUAAAUAUCGCAAUUUCAUGUUCUUAUCAUGUGUGUUUAUGGAGUAACAGCUGUUUCUACAGAGUAGAAAUGAAGCUUAACAUGGAGAUAAUGCAGGUAUUUGGUUAAAAGAAAGUGCAGGAUUCAAAAGACACAAAAUACUUAGAAUAUACAAGUUAUUGGAUUAUGAAACUAGUCGUUUUAACUAGAGCUGCAACGAUUAGUUGAUUAAUUGAUUAGUCGACUGGCAGAAAAUGAAUCGCCAGCUAUUUUGAUA